AUGACUUUGAAAAUAGGAGCAAUUAAUCCUAUUGUAAGAGUCAUGCGGGACACAAUGAUUCAACGACCGGUAAUUAGUUUUAUUCGACACCAUUCUAAAAGAUCAAGAUCGUUUAAAAAAAAAGCUAACCACAAACCUGGCCAAGUCAUUAGAUCGAAGCUAGGUAAAACGCUAGAAGCUCCCAAGACACAACCCAGAUUAUUUUCCUUUGGGAAUUUUUCUGGGUUGGAUCAGCCGGAAAAUAAACUCAAGGAGAUGUCGAGCAACGUCAUAAAGAAUAUUACAUCGUUCGACUCUUUAAGGAUAUUUCCAACCGUUAGAUCGGCGAUGAUCGAGGAGAUUAAACAUGGGUACAAUUUGAAAAGUACUUAUAUUAAAAGUAAGGAGGAAUUGGAAAUUAAACCAUCUCCCGUACAAAUAGCUGCUAUUAGGAAGAUUAACCAACCGAGACUUCGUAAUGUUAAUACGGAAAAAAAAGGUACAGACAAAAAGGUAUCAGGGCUGGAGAUUUUGGAGGAUUUGAAGAAAUCCAACGAGAUGAAUAGGUUGAAGGUUUUCACGAUUGCUGCUGAAACAGGGUCUGGUAAAACUUGGGCCUAUUUGGCGCCACUACUCAGUAAGUUAAAGGAAGAGGACAUGAGAGUCUUCAAUAUGUCUGAGCAGAGCUAUCUUGAAUCGAAGAAGACGUCGAUCAUUAGAUCGGUUAUUUUGUUGCCAACGCAUGAAUUGGUUGAGCAAGUAUACGACUCACUUAAACGUGCAUCCAAAGCUCCCAUUGAUUUGGAGGCUAGUGUUGACAAAAAGAUCUUGCAAGAUCCUGAAUAUGCAAGAUUCCUUUCAUUACCUGAGAACCAAUCUUCGUUAAACUUAAAUAUUGUGAAAUGGGGAUCUGGUGAUUCUCAUCAGAGACUUUUCGAUGCUGGAAGAAAAAGAAUUGAUGUCUUAGUCACUACGCCGGCUAAGAUCCAAGGUCUUGCUAAAUUAAACAACGUUAGUCGUCCAUUUAGACUAUUUAACUAUGUGGAGUACUGUGUUGUUGACGAAGCCGAUACCUUAAUGGAUAAAUCAUGGAUUGUAGACACAACGUCUGUCAUCCGUAGAUUAUCCAAAUGUAAGGAUUUGAUCUUUUGUUCAGCGACUAUUCCAAAAGAGUUCAAAAAAACUCUUAGCAAGAUGUUCCCUGACGAAUUUUCGAUCAUCAACAUAGUGACACCUUCCUUACACAAGAUUCCAAAGCAAAUUAAUCUUAAGGUUAUUGAUGCACAAUUAUCACCAUACAAUGGUUCUAAGACCAGAUGUCUUGCUCAAGCAAUGUAUGCUAUUCAUAAUGACGGUACUGAACAAGGCUAUGUCAAGCGUAUUUUAGUAUUUGUCAACGAAAAGCGAGACGUUCAGCCGUUAGCAGAUACUUUAAUUGAAAAAUUUGGUCACAGAGAAGAGGAUAUUAUUGGGAUAACUGGUGCUGAUAGUGCUGACGAUAGGUUAGCUAAGAUCGAACCAUUUUUGAAACCAGCUGAGUUAUUAGAAGAAGAUCUCGACGGUAGUAAAAUCAAAGUUUUGAUUACUACUGAUUUGCUUGCUAGAGGGUUGAACUUCAUUGGCAUUAAGAAUGUUAUCUUAAUGGAUUUACCAAAUACAUCGGUUGAUUUAGUUCAUCGUGUUGGAAGAACCGGUAGGAUGAGACAAUCUGGUAGAGUCUUCGUUAUUAUUGACAAAAAGACUGGUAAGUCGUGGAUUAAAGGGUUACCUAAGGUCAUUAAGAAGGGUAUCCCAUUGGGUUAA